GUUCCAAUCCCCUCCAUAUCAUGCGAUUCAGGUGUUCCAAUCCCCUCCAUAUCAUGUGAUUCAGGUGUUCCAAUCCCCUCCAUGGACACAGGUGUAUACAAUCAAGCCCCUAGGCAUGCAGACGGCUUCUACAAACAUUUUUGAAAAAUGUGUUGCUCUCAGGAGCUCAGUGACUCCAAGCGUGGUCCCGUGAUAGGUGGCCACCUGGGCAAUAAGUCCAUCCGUGACAUUUCCUGGCUACUAAAUAUUCCACGCUCAACUGUUAGUGGGAUUAUAACAAAGUGGAAGCAACUGGGAACAACAGCCACUCAGCCACCAAGUGGUAGGCCACGUCACAUGACAGGGCGGGGUCAGCGCAUGCUGAAGCGCACAGUGCGCAGAAGUCGCCAACUGUCUGCAGAGUCAAUAGCUAAAGACCUCCAAACUUGGUGUGGCCUUCAGAUGAGCCCAACAACAGUGCGUAGAGAGCUUCAUGGAAUGGGUUUCCAUGGCCGAGCAGCUGCAUCCAAG